GCCUGAGGCAAAGCAGGUCCCGCCUCAAACUGCGUGGGCGGGGCGGAGUGACAUCACUUGGCCCCUCGGUUAGGGCCCUCGCGGGGGGGCUUGUGGCUUCCCUUCUUCCUCCCACUGACAACUGCCCCAAUUGCUCUUUCCCACCCCGGUCACAGUGAAAAUGUAGACCGGGUCGUUGUACCUACGACUGUGCGCCAAGGCUCAGGGAGGGGCGUCCCCCUGGGAAUAUUGAACAUAAUCGCCUCUCCAGAACUGUUAGGUCUCAAUGGUGGGAGGACGCCUGAAUGCCCCGCCCCUUUCACCCCAGGGUUGGGACAGUAGGUUAUGACGCUAUCAGAGGGCGCCAGAGCAGGGACCUGACGCAAGUUGGAGAUGUUGGACUCGCUGUUGGCUCUGGGUGGCCUGGUGCUGCUUCGGGAUUCCGUGGAGUGGGAGGGGCGCAGUCUCUUGAAGGCGCUUGUCAAGAAAUCUGCCCUAUGGCUGGUUUACCAUGACUUCUUCAGAGACCCUCUCAACUGGUCAAAAACUGGGGAGGCCCUUCCUGGGGGACCACUGGGAGCCUUGAGAGCCAUGUGCAAGAGGACAGAUCUUGGUCCUGUCACCAUUGCUCUCGAUUCACUCAGCUGGCUGUUGCUUCAUCUUCCCUGUGCCACACUCUGCCAGACCCUGCAUGCAGUGAGCUAUCAGGACUCCUGUCCUCCUGGUGACGGCUCCCCAGUGGGGAAGGUGCAUGUGCUGGGCUUGCUACACGAAGAGCUUCAUGGACCAGGCCCCAUGGGAGCUCUCAGCAGCCUCGCUCAGACUGAAGUGACCCUGGGCGGUACAAUGGGCCAGGCUUCAGCCCGCAUCUUGUGUCGGAGGCCCCAACAGCACCCAACUGAUCAGACUCAGUGGUUCUCCAUCCUUCCAGACUUCAGCCUGCAUCUCCAAGAGGGACCCUCCAAAGAGUUCCAGCCCCAAUCAGAUCCUCAUAUACCCCUGGUGGAUCCCAUGGCUCAUUUGACCUUUAACCUUCACCUGUCCAAGAAAGAGAGAGAAGCCAGAGAUAGCCUGACCCUGCCCUUCCAGUUCAGCUCUGAAAAACAGGAGGCUCUACUGCGGCCUAGGCCAAGCCAGGCUACCAGCCACAUCUUCUAUGAGCCAGAUGCUUAUGAUGACCUGGACCAAGAAGACCCAGAUGAUGACCUAGAUAUCUGACUGGCCAAAUUUUAUUAGACAGUAAUUGGAAGGGGCACAGGAAGACUUUGGGCCCAGAACCAUCUCUGUUGUUUGUGUUGGCCUUACCUUAUCCCUGCCCCACCUUCGUUCCCCUUGUCUAUGGAGCCCCACCUCAUGAGCCAGGAAGCAGUGUCUCAUCAGGACUGAAGGUAGGAUGAAGACAUGGGGUAACGUGAGACAGUAGAACACCCCCAUGCCUAAUAAAAUAUUUUUUUAAUUAAAAAA